CGGGGGCCGUCGUGAUUCAGCUGGCGGCUGCCGCCUCCGGGAGGACCAGUGCAGCGGAGGAAGCUGCUGCCGUCAAGAUUCAGUCCGUUUUUCGGGCGCAUUUGGCAAGAAAAGCUUUGAAUGCUUUGAAAGGACUAGUGAAGCUGCAGGCAUUAGUUAGAGGGCAUUUGGUGAGAAGACAGGCAACUGCAACACUGCGGUGCAUGCAGGCACUACUGAGCGUUCAGGCUCGAGCUCGAGCUCGACGGCUGUUAAUGGCCGAGGAAACUAAGUCCGUUGCCCAAAAACAAUCUACUCUUAGGAGACCUUCACAGGAAAAUAAGUCCAGAAACUUUAAUCAAGAGUUUGACAGGGGACAUGAAGACGACAUCAAGAUUGUAGAGAUGGAUCCUGGCAACAAUAAGCCGGUUGCGAGAGCUAGAAACAGUCACUCAAACUACACACAACUCGACAAAUUUGAGCAGAGAACGUCCACGCACAGCACGCCCGUCAAGCAAGAAUAUCAGCAACUCUCACCAUUAACUGAUAUGACUCCAAGAACGUGCAGCAACCAUUUCGAUGAGUAUUUGUGUAGUGCAGCACUGAGUAGCCCACAAUGCUGCUCAGCUGUAUCCAAGCCCGAUCAAGCAAUGCUCCAGACGUUUUCCUAUCCACGGUUGGAAUACGCAGAAUCCCUUUACAACGAGUACCCAUUCUACCCCAACUACAUGGCCAACACCAAGUCAUCAAGGGCUAAACUCCGCUCCCAUAGUGCCCCAAAGCAACGGCCUGUUGAGAUGUUUGAGCGGCAGACAAGCAGGCGGAGGGCUUCCAUGGAAGGCAGGAACUUCCCCAAGGCUGUCAAGAUGCAGAGAUCUUCGUCCCAUGUCGGUUCAACGGGUCAAAACUAUCAGUAUCCGUGGUCGGUUAAGCUUGACAGAUCAACGGUUUCGCUUCAGGGCAGCGAGUGUGGAUCGACUAGCACUGUGCUUACUACCAACACUACAGGCACUAACUUCUGGCGGUUCAAUCAUAAAUAAAACUACGAGAGAAACGAUCAAAGUCCCUACAACUCAUAAAAUCAAGAACUUGGUGUAACAUUUGUUUUGUUCUUGGCUUGAUGUUGUUUAUUUGGUGGAGCAAUGUUUUUGGAGCUCUUUGUAUGUAGUUUUAUUCUAAGUUGUUGGUUUCAUGUUUGUUGCUCAUUUAGGCUGCAGCCUUUGAGGCAUAAUUUUGCAAGGCAACUAGACUCAACUCACAGUUGAAAAUAUAUUUGUUUUCAUUUU